AUGGCUGUGAAGGGAAAAGCUGGACAGCCUGCAGCGGCGAAAGCAGCAAGCGCCCCUCCAGUUGCUGCAAGACCUCAAGAGAUUGGCCCUCGUAGGCUUGGAGCUGCGGCUGUUGCUGCAGCAGACAAUGCGCCUGCUGCUGCUUCUGUCCCCUUCAGGUACUGCAUUGCUGCAGUUGUCCCACAGCCUGGGGGGGGCCUCCCAAGCAUCAGCAGCAGCACACCCUCACCUGCAGCAACAGCAGCAGCAGCAGCAACUGGAGAGAGUGGGGAUGGCAGCUCUGCUGCUGAGGAACAAGAAACAAUAGACUGUUCGGCUUUGAUGCUUGCUGCAGCAGAAGCAGCAGAUGCAAAAGCAGACAGCCAACCUCCUGCUUCUGUGAGGGGCCCUCACGCGUGCCGCGUAGUGUUUGCAUGCGACGAAGACAUCUUCGCCUACGGAAAGAAGAAUUCUUUGUUUUCGGAUAAUAAGGCAAAAUCCCUAGCUGACAUCAGUCCUGCAGAAGUGGCACGAGUGAUAUCCGUGUUGUUUAAGGAGCACGAAGCAGCAAUAAGACAGACGAAGGCAAAUGCUAUGGUAGGAGAUGCCUCUGUGCAGCAGCAGCAACAACAACAACAGCAGCAACAGCAGCAACAGCAGCAGACAGCAGCAGGAAAGGAUCCCCUGGAUCUGCUGUUCUGUCUGUGGGGUUUCAACUGGCAGUCGCCGCUACUGCUAGCACUCGAAGCAGCAAGUUUAAAUUUAGGGUUUUUCAUUAUUGUUGCUGCUGCUCGUCCUAAAGAAGCAGCAGCGGCAUUUGUUGCAGCACAAAGCAGCAGCAUUGCUGCUUUAAUAGAAGCGACAGAAGCAGUUGACUCCGAAUUCGCUGUUGAUCUUCUCGCUCUCCAGGAUUGUAGCAAGAAGCACCAGGAAAACCCUGAUUUGUUUAUUAGUCGUCUUGUUGCUGCUGCUGAAGAUGUCAGCAGACACCGCGAGCAGUACAGACACUUCAAGGAGACCAUUCCUACUUUGUCAUUUAAGGUUUUGCAGCAAGAAGCAGCAGCAGCAGCAGAGGCUGCAGCAGCAGCAGCAGCAGCUGCUGCUGCUGCUGCUGCUCCUGCGUCAGCUCCGGGCUCCUCAAAGAUUGCUACAGCUCAGCAACAGCAGCAGCAAAGGCGGCAAGGGGCAAAACGCGAUGGGGCAGAUGCAGCAGCAGCUGUGGACCACGCUGCUGUUGCUGCCGCUGCCGCUGCCGCUGCUGCUGCUGCUGCACACUCGGCAGCAAACAGAGAGGACAAGAAGCCCCAUAUUUACUUGUCGCUAGCAAAUUCUGUCUCCCCGGAGGAGACAUCGGUGAGUUUGCUGCUAUACUGCAUGCUGCAGCAGGCAGCAGCAGAUGCAGCGGCUAGGCGAAAGCAGUCUGUUGCCGCUGCUCCCUCUGAGAAGGCCGUGGAGGAGUGUGAGCAGCAGCAACAGCAUCAGCAACAGCAUCAGCAACAGCAUCAGCAGCAGCAUCAGCAGCAGCAUCAGCAGCAGCAUCAGCAGCAGCAUCAGCAGCAGCCACAGCAACAGCAGCAACAGCAGCAACAGCAACAGCAGCAGCAGCAGAAUCCUCCUGAACAAGAGCAGCCGCAACACGAGCCUCAGGAGCCUACCGAUGAGGGGGUGUGCGGGAUCGUACUCGAUCCCGAUCCCAACAAGCUGGCAUCAGCAGCAGCAGAUAUUGAAGCAUCAGAGGCAUCUCUUCCAGUUGGUUAUCUACAGCAGCUGCAGCUACAGAUGAGGCCCCCCUUGAGGCAGUUAGCUCUACAGUGCCGCGUGUAUGGAUUUUUCCCGCAAAUGCCCGAGGCGAGGAUUGAACAUUUGCUGCAGCUGUUGGCAUUUAAGCAGCUGCUUGCUGCUGCUGCUGCAGGAUGCAGCAACAGCAACACCGUCAGCAGCAGCUCUAGCUGCAGACGAGGUGCUGCUGCUGCUGCAACUGCUGACGCGGAAGCAGCAGCUGCAGCAACAGCAGCAGCAGCAGCAGCAGCAGCUACGCCAUUGCCAACGAAGGAGUGGAGAGACUGUCGCGUGCUACUCCCUGAAGCUGUUUGCUCCCUCCGCAGAGAUAACUGUCUCUUGAAGGCAUGCAGCAGCUGGGCUGCAGCAAUAGCAGCUCUCCGCCAGCAGCAGCAGCAGCAGCAGCAGCAGCAGCAGCAACAGCAACAGCAACAGCAGCAGCAGCACCAACAGCAACAGCAACAACAGCACCAACAGCAACAGCAGCAGCAACAACAGCAACAGCAACAGCAGCAGCAGCAGGAUGGGGAUAAGAAGCAUAAUGUGCCAUCUAUACAGAGCCUCGACCGUGCUUCCGAUAUAUGUGCUGCUGCUGAACAGCUGCUGCUGCAGCAGCAAAUGGCUCUCUUUGCUGCUGAACUUUGUGGCGGCCACCGCCUAGUUGUUCGUCUUACAUCUGCCGCUCUCUUAGAGUACUUGCAACAGCAGCAAAUGCAAGCCAAAGCAGCAGCAGGAAACUGCAGCAAUGAGGACGUGGAACAACAACAACAGCAGCAGCAGCAGCAAGAACAGGCUACCCAACAACAGCAGCAGCAAGAAGUCCCGCAACAGCAGCAGCAGCACAACAAAGCACAGCAGCAGCAAACGAAGCAGCAGCAGCAACAACGAAAACCCAAGCAGCAGCAGAAGGACGGCCAACCACAACAAGACGAUCAGCAACAGCAGCAAGACGAUCAGCAACAGCAGAACCAGCACGACCAGCAACAGCAACAGCAGCAGCAACAGCAGGAAGCUCCGUUGCCGCAAACUUCCAAACCAGAUUUCCAACCAACUUCUCCUUUAGAUGUAGUCGUGGAGGUGUCAAGCCCAAGCGGUCGGCUGCUGCAGGUGUCUGCCGAUGGGUCUAUGUGGGAACAAAACCCUAACGAGGUACAUAGACACCUCUCUGCUUCCUGGAGGCCUGAGGAGACUGCAGAACAUCAGCAGGAAGUAUCUUCAGCACCAGUAGCAGCAGCGGAAGGAGGAACAGGAGCAGGUGUACCAGGUACUGCUGCUACGGCACAUGCUGUGGCCACAUCAGCAGCAGCAGCAGGUCCGUCGAGUGUUCCCCCGGGUUCAUCAUCCUCAGCAUCAUCCUCAGGAACAACAGCAUCCUCAGCAGCAACAGCAUCCUCAGCAGCAACAGCUGCAGCAGCUGCAGCAGGCGGUUCUCCACUCCCACCUCCUACAUCAACAUCUACAGCAGCAGCAGCAGCAGGAGAGGAGUGCAUUACUUCUGAUUGCAUGCAUUUUGGGGCUGUUCGUUUAUUUUUUGGCUGUUUCGAAGACGUCGAAAUUUUGCGUCGUUUUCUUCCAAAUGGGACUAUCGCAAAAAUUACUGCAACAGGAAGAAUUGAACUCUUCUUACCCAAUGGGGACUACGCGUCUCGCGUGCCCCUGAAGUCUGAGUUUGCUGCUCGCUGCAGCAGAGGCCGUUUGCCUCCUGUGCUGCAGCAGCUAUCGUCUUUAUACGAUUUGCUGCCCCAGCAGGCAGCAGACAAUCCAUUGCAGCUUCCUGAUUCAGUCUUAAAUGAUCCUUUCGGCACAGGUGGCGCUGCGGAGUAUCUACUUGAGGGAGAGGCGGACAAGGACAUGUCCCUGCUGCUGUCUCUCGCCGCUGCAGAGGCAGUAGCAGCAGCAGCAGACGACGAAGGGGCAGCGACAGCAACAGCAGCAGCAGCAGGAGACUGGCAGGAAUAUGAUUUGCCUCCUAGUGCUUUUGCAUUGCACAGCGAAGGAGAGACGGCUGAUGCUGUUGCUACCACUGGAACAACUGGUUCUGCUGCAACAAUAAACGAAGCCACUGGCGCUACUGCUAAAGAAAAGGCAGCAGCACCAGCGAAAAGGGAUACAGGUGUAAGUGCAGCAGCGGCUGCUGCUGCUGCGUUUGCUGCUUCAGCAACUCCGACAGCUGCAGCGGGUGCUGCAAAGCCAGCAGCUGCAGCCAACAGACGCAAGACAGAGGGUUCUGUAGUCAGCGGUGAAGCAGAAGCAGCAGCAGCAGAAGCAGCAGAAGCAGCAGAAGCAGCAGAGGCAGCAGAAGCAACAGAAGCAGAAGCAGACCCCAGAGCUGCUGCUGCUGCUGCUGCUGUAAGUGCUGCAGCGGCAGACACUUGGGGCUGCCGAAUUGAUGACACUUUUGCUGCGGAGGCUCAUAUAGAUGAUAACGUCAAGCUCAUAAUUAG